AUGUCAGACCGAGCUAACCUACUGAACCCCAAAUCUAUAUUUUGUUUUAAAGAAAAGAGAAGCGAUUAUGAAAUCAAGUACAUAAGGUUGAUAGGUAUUUCUUAGUACUAGGGCAUGCACCCUGUGCGUACCCGGUCUCCCGACACACCUGCUAAAGUUACGUACCACCUGGCAAGAUUAUAAGUAGGUUCAAAGCUUCUUCAACCUACCAUCUGAGAACACCACAGAACCAACAACAAGCACGAAAAAUAUCGUACAACGACAAGGUGAGUUUGUUUAAUCUUACCCUAUUCCCCUUACUGUAUAGAGCAUUGAAGACUGACUUUUGCCAAAUUGACGACAAAGCACAGCCGAGCAUCAUGUUCAGGACCAUCAUCUACAAACAAACAUCCAAGGCGAGGAGUAUCCACCCUCUGUCCUACCAUCCACAUACUAGUAGAGUCAUCAGCACCUUUCAGGUAAUAUCAGGGUUUUAGUAUCAUACAAACUGCAUACUAACUGGGUGUAGCCGAGAAGAAAUACCGAUAACGAUACCGACCACGAUAACGGCAACCACCACCACGACAGCAGCCAGCACGCAAGCCCAGGGUCUCCCCCGGGAGUCUCGUGGAAAGAAUUCACCCACUUGGACAAGGUGUGCUUGGAAACUAGAGUUCUGGUACAGGUUAUAUUGUGCUAAUAUUACUUAGGACGUCUCGAACAUCAAAUUGAAAUUGGACCAUAUUCAAUCGGGACAGGCAGAAAUGCGAGCCGAUAUUAAAGAUGUCGGCUAGUGUUGAGCACGAGCCGGCUCGAACAGGGGUCCACGAGCCGACUCGAGUCUCUUGGCGCUGCUGCCGCUUAUCCGUCAAACCAUCGCAACCUCCUACCGCCGCAACUCCAUGUCUCAUAUACCACCACCUCCGCCUACCACCCCCCCCGCCUCCUAACACUACCAAUGCAGUACAAAAAAGUGCAAUCGCAUGGUAGGUAGUACUAUCAGAUUGCUUAUGCUAACCAAGGCCUGGCUUGGGCUACCGGAGGUGGAAACAUAGGAAGAGGUAGAGGAAACCCGUGGGGAAGAUGGGAACUAUGAGGCAGACACAGAAGGAGAUGGUGAACUUCCCCAGGAACCGGACUUGGGGAUAGUGGGAAGGUCAUUUGGCUAGUUGUAUUUGUUUUCAGGUUGCUAUAUACAAUUGUUGGUUGAUUUGAAUGAUAAUGGCAGUGUGUAGAGGUAUCGUGGCCACUCUAGACUCAAGCCUCUUGGCGGCUCGCGCCUGGCUCGAGCAGGCUCGUGAACAACACCAAUGUCGGCAACAAAACGGACCGCAAAAUCGACCGUAUUUUCUACGCGGUCAUUACCACCCUCGUCGGAUUCGUCCUAAAAGGAGGAUUCGAAUACUACAACGCUACAGCAAAG